AUGAAGUUCUGGGUGACUGGUUUGGGUCUUGCCUUCCUCUACGCUGCCCAUGCUAUGCGUUAUGACUUUAAAAAGUGUGACCCAAAUAAGGUAACCACCAGCUCUGGUCUUCUGUCGAGCUCCAACCGAGCACCGUGGCGGGACAACCCCAGGGAGGGGAGACACCAUUUGGGGAAGAAUUUGGCAGUGUCAGAUGGCCCAUUCCUCAAUGGACACUUGUUCCUGUACAAAUAGAAAAUGUUCCAGGUCCAUUGGGGUCUUUGGAGGGUGUGCACCGUGAUGUGUGCACUUGGCCAUUUCUGCUUACCAUCUGCAUGGACAGGAACUCCUCAUAAUCUUCAGAUAAGUCCCAUUAUUGGAAGGGAACACUUGUACCAGGUAGGCAGUCAGGAAUUUCUGCUUGGAGCCCCAGUGUUUUACUGCACCUUCUGAAAGGGCCACUCGUCUUUUGUCUUCAGCAGUUCCCAAAGACCUGGUACACACAGAUCUUCGCCACCAACAGCACCCUGCUUUCCGACUAUUUAGAUGGAAUGAGCAUGGUGGCUGCCAACUUAACCAUCACGAAGGAUGGAAACUUCAAUGUCUCUUCCACUUUGCCAACGUAAGUUUGCCUGUUGUUUGCUGAGCUGUUGUAGCGUUGCCUACAGACAGAAGAAAACCCUGGGGUGUGGUUGCUCUGGUGAGUUCUUUUGCUCACUAUCAGGUAGGAAUUCUGAAUUUGAACAUGUGAAUUUGAAGAUUUCCCUGUUGUGAUUUUGAGAGAUGAGAUAAAAUUAGAGCAGCACUAUGUAUCCACUGAACAAGUUUUAAUUUGAAUCUAUGGUUGUGCAUCUACUUACCAUGGAGAAGAGGGCUACUGAUGGCUGCGAACUAUGCUUCCAAAUACCAAUUGCCAGAAAUCACAGGAGAGGAAAGUUGCCCUCGGGCUUGAAUCCUGCUUGCUGGUUUCACAUGGGCAUCUGGUUGGCCACUGUGAGAACAGGAUGCUGGACUAGAUGGGCCAUUGACCUGUUCCAGAAGGCUCUUUUUACGUCCUUAUUUACAGAGCCUAGGACUUGCCGAUCAGAAGGUUGGCGGUUCGAAUCCCCGCGACGGGGUGAGCUCUCGUUGCUCGGUCCCUGCUCCUGCCAACCUAGCAGUUCGAAAGCAUGUCAAAGUGCAAGUAGAUAAAUAGGUACCGCUCCGGUGGGAAGGUAAACAGCAUUUCCGUGCGCUGCUCUGGUUCGCCAGAAGCGGCUUAGUCAUGCUAGCCACAUGACCCGGAAGCUGUACGCCGGCUUCCUCGGCCAAUAAAGCGAGAUGAGCAUUGCAACCCCAGAGUCGGUCACGACUGGACCUAAUGGGCAGGGGUCCCUUUACCUUACUAUGUUAGAAUCAUAGAAUUGUAGCAUUGGAAGGGAGCCAAGGGUCAUCUAGUCUAACCCCCAGCAAUGCAAAUUUGGAUUUGCGAUGACCUUGAGUUGGGCGGCCACUUUCCAAGCCAAAGGUGACGAAACCUCUGUUACAUUCCCUCCAGGAUUUUCCCCUGGGAAAAUAGGGACGUGCUCUUCCAUCCCCUUCAGCAUUUCUCUGAUGACCUAGGGACAUGCUAUUGAAAGGAAAAGUGGGACAUUCUGGGAUCAAAUCAGAAACCUGGAUGGCUUCUGUAAUUCCAGGACUGCCUCUGGAAAAUUGGGACAUUUGGAGGGUCUGAGGCUGGCCUGAUUCAGCCAGACUUUUUUGAUGUCCUUACCAAGUCCAAAGCCUCAGAUUUCACAACUGCACCACUGCUCCUCGUGACCUGACCCCUUUCCUCCCCGUCUCCUUUCACAGGCCCUACGGCUGUCUCAAAAUGGAUAUGGCCUUUACCAAAGGGAAAGAUGGAAUGUAUACCUGCAAUAGCGGUCUGUAUGAGCGAAAUCUCGCUCAGUUUUAACCUGUUACAGCUAUUCACCCAGCAUCCCUAAGCAGUGUGAGAAGCCCCAGGGGGCAGACCCAAGUUGGGCUCCCUUUGGAAGGGAAGAGGACGGGAAACGUGAGGCGUUUCUGUAAUAUUUAAGUCAAUUUGCAUGUUUACAAGUUGAAUGUAGUUGUGGUCUUCAGCAGCAGCUUGAUGUUUCCAGUGGCAGGAAAAUCUGCUGCCCUCCUAUAGGGCAGAUGGGCCAGUUUUGUUGUUGUUGCUUAAUCGUUUAGUCGCUGGGACGCCGGUGGCGCUGUGGGUAAAACCUCAGUGCCUAGGACUUGCUGAUUGCAUGGUCGGCGGUUCGAAUCCCCGCGGCGGGGUGAGCUCCCGUUGUUCGGUCCCAGCUCCUGCCCACCUAGCAGUUCGAAAGCACCCUUAAGUGCAAGUAGAUAAAUAGGUACCGCUUCGGUGGGAACGUAAACAGUGUUUCCGUGUGCUAUGCUGGUGCUGGCGCACCAGCUGCAGCUUCGUCACGCUGGCCACGUGACCCGGAAGUGUCUUCGGACGGCGCCGGCUCACGGCCUCUUGAGCGAGAUGAGCACGCAACCCUAGAGUCGGACACGACUGGCCCGCACGGGCAGGGGUAUCUUUACCUUUACCUAAUCGUUUAGUCAUGUCCGACUCUUCAUGACCCCAUGGACCAGAGCACACCAAGCACUCCUGUCUUCCACUGCCUCCCGCAGUUUGGUCAGACUCAUCUCAUCCUCUGUCGUCCCCUUCUCCUUGUGCCCUCCAUCUUUCCCAACAUCAGGGUCUUUUCCAGGGAGUCUUCUCUUCUCAUGAGGUGGCCAAAGUAUUGGAGGCUCAGCUUCAGGAUCUGUCCUUCAGGAUCAGUCCAGUCCUUCCAGUGAGCACUCAGGACUGAGUUAGGCAUCGCCCAAAAGGAGGACACCGAUUGGCACAGCCAAAGGAAAAUGUGUAGAUGCAAACCAAGCAAUCGUUUUAAGGUUAUCUUUAAGCCAGACUUGAACUAGACAGCCCAUUAAACAGAGGACACCUUCCACAGAAUCCUGGAACCACAGAACCAUAGGAGUUAGAAGGAACCCCGAGGGUGAUCUUGUCCAACCCCCUGCAACGCAGGAAUCCUUCACCGAAAGAGGCCCCCAAAUCCUCUUUAGUCUUAGGAACAUAAGGAGGAGCUUCGUUGCUGGAUUAGGCCAAGCAUCCAUUGAGCACAGCAUCCCAGUUUCCACAGCAGCCAAACAGGUUGAUCCCCACAAACAGUGGUGACAGGCAGCCAUCUUUAUGGUUAGGUAGCCGCUGAAAGCCUUAUUCCCCUAGGGUUACCAUAUUCCAAGAAGUAAAAAAACUGGACACAAAAAGUUUUUGAGCUUUUUAAGGACAAUCGCCCAAUAGCCCCUCUGCCACCGCCGACCCUGAGCCACCCACGCCAGAGCCCACAGGAGCCAACUCCAUAAUUGUGGGGGCUGGGUACCCACAAAGUCAAUGAACAAAUGGCCUCUUAUGAGAGAGAAGCAGUUCAGCUUCCGCCUCCACGGACAGCCAGAGAAUCAACUUUUUUUGGGAGGCGGGCACCCUUUUCCUCCCUAUGGAACAGGGUGCCUUGCUGGUGGUGGAGACCAGAGCUGAACUUUCUCUCUCUCUCUCUUUCCCACAGCUGCAAUGCAGACAUUCAAUGUCACACGCACAGGCCUGCAUGUAAUGGGUGUGACGUCACACGCACAACAUUGUGCAUGUGAUGUCACAUGAACUAUUCAAUAACACCCACACCCACACCCAAGUAUUAUCCAUUCUUGUUUUCUGUUUUAAUGGUUUGAUGAUUUAAUGCGCUUUUAACAGCUUACAGCCAUGAAGGACAGAUGAGUCAAGUUUAUUCAUUUAUUUUUAAGGGAAACAUUCCCGUUGGUGCUAAAUUUCACACCGAUUGAAGAGUCCCCAAUUCAUUACGCAUGCCUUCCUCUCUCUUUUUUCUCCAGAAUGGGGUAAAGGCGUCGUCCUAGAUGGGGUGACAGAUUGUAAGAGCUACUGCGUUGUCACGGCUGCACACACACGGGAUGGCGUCAUGUCCGUUUAUUUGACCCUUUAUGGUAUGUAGGCAAGGAGACUCCCAUCCUCACCUUGAAGAGGGAAGAGAGAGAACAUUUAUUAAGUCGUUACAUUUAUACAUAUCACCAUUCCGCCCAUAUAAUCAAGGGGAUUUGCAAUUCAAAAUAAUGGUGUAGGACAGCCUGUCCCCUCCAGAAGCUUCGGAUGACAACUCCCAUCAGCCCUAGCUAGCAUAGCAUAACUUCCAAGUGUCCUGAUUUUCCAAGGACUGUCCCGGAAGUGCAAAAGCUGCCCCAGUUUCUGAUUUGAUCCCAGACUGUCGCGCUUGUCCUUUUCCCAGACCCCCAAGUACCUCGAAUUUCCAGGGAAAGUCCCAGAUCUACAGAAGCCAUACUGGUUUCUGUUUGGAUCCCAGAAUGUCUUGUUCUUCAUUUUUCCUCCUCGCCUUGGGGAACAGUUAAAAGUGGCAUGUAUAGGUGCAAAAACAGAGUCCUGUUUAUCCUGAAAAUAAAUUCCCCGCACCAAAUGAAGGAAAUGGUGAAGCUGGAAUAUAAAGCUAUUCCUAUAUUGUUGAAGGAAAUGGUCACCAAUCUGCUUUAAAUCCUUACCCAUUUCAUUCCCAUUAUGUGUGGAAAGUGUUAUACACCAUCCCUUCCCUCUCACAUUUUUUUUUGCCACACUCUUGUGAUGUAGGUGAGGUGGAAAAGUUGCAAUUGGCUCAAGGUGACCGAUGUUGACGUGUCCAUGGCAGCUAUUUGUGCAGCAGAAGCUUCCUGGUGUAGACCAGGAUGUCCCUAUUUUCACUGGAGAGAUGUUGGAGGGGGUUGUAUUGUGCCCUGAACAUCAUCACCUCACAUUCCUUAUUUGGAAGACUUGGCCAGAAAUUCAAUCUUUUCCCUCUCCCCCUUCCAAUAUUUUCCAUACAUGUUUUAGCUGCACAAAUGCUGCCUUCUAGCGACGGGAGGUAUGAAACGCAUGUAGGGUUCAGGUCUUGUCUCUUUUCCAGGUAUUGCAAAAAUUCCCACGCGAGAGUCCAAGCAGAUCUUUGCAAAACAGUUCGCAAAAAUGGGCUUGGAAGAGAAGUAUUUGGUACAAUUUCCUCCAGAAGGUAAGACCUAAGAGAAGUUGUUCUUGUAUGUCCCAGUGAGGUGGAGAACAUCCGGUUGUCAGGUACUAAGGAACAGAUAACUCCACUGGGAUUAGAAAUUUAAAAACUUUCAGGGGGGCCUCAGUUUUGGGGAAGGGAGAUAUCAGAUUCAAGAACUGUGGAAGUGAAGACUGGUGUAAAAAUGUGAUUUUGUGCACGUGGGGAGAAUUCCUGCAUCUCUUUGCCCUUUUUCUUGCACAACGAACUCGCCAGUUCGUUCACCGCCAUGUCGCCCUGUUUCUGCCUUACCCAGACAGGUGUCUUCCAGGUGUUGCCUCCAUCAAUCAUUGGAGUCAGCCUGGCCAAUGCUCAGGGAUGAUGGGAGUCCAGCUAGAGGCCAUUGGGCUGGGGCUGGGCUGGGCGAGUCACACACAAGCUGCCUUCUAAGCUAUGAAGGCACCAGACACAUCCGGAGCAAUAAGCAAACAAUGUUUCCCCACUUUGGACCACCAGCAAUUUUUGACGGAUGCAAUAAUCUUCUUUGUUGGUUUGUUUCCACAGUGGCCUGUGCAGACUAA